UCUGAGGAUUGCACCAUUAAUUCACGCCAAACAAGGUAGGACCCCGGCCUAGUCUGUGUCAUCUACAGCUACAACCGCUCAACAAGGAAGAUUCAUGCUUGAAGAUACCAUUUUUUAUUCUUGGAUUCUGACAUGGAACACCACAGCCACACUCUUAAACAUGUUUGGAAUCUAUAUAAGCAAGUGCUCGUGUUUGAGGUCUGUGAAGGUUAGGGGCUAAUUUCAGACUUUUCUUUUUUCAAGACUCAGCAAUGGCAGCUGCAUCUGUUGUUCCGGUAGCAUACCAGACAUCGCUCCCCACUGUACCUGACUGGCUAAACAAGGGUGAUAACACAUGGCAGAUGAUCUCUGCCGCCCUGGUGGCCAUGCAAGGCAUGCCUGGACUGGUAAUCCUGUAUGCUGGCCUUGUCAAGAAGAAAUGGGCACUCAACUCAGCCUUCAUGGCCCUCUAUGCCUUUGCCGCAGUCAUGCCUUGUUGGGUCCUCUGGGCUUACAAGAUGUCGUUUGGCCAUCGCCUUCUACCUUUCUGGGGCAAAGCAGGCCUUGCCGUUUCCCAAGAUUUCUUAAUCCCCCGAGCUACUCUCCCCUCGACACGUUAUGUAAAUGGGGAUUUUAUAGCGCAAGCAGCUAGUCCAUUGUACCCCAUGGCUACCAUGGUUUUCUUCCAGUUUGCUUUUGCUGCUGUGACUGUGAUACUCCUUGCUGGGUCUGUGCUGGGUCGAAUGAGCAUCAAAGCUUGGAUGGCCUUUGUACCACUAUGGAUUACUUUUGCUUACAGCAUUGGCGCUUUCAGUAUAUGGGGCGGCGGUUUCCUCUUCCAAUGGGGCAUCAUGGACUAUUCCGGUGGUUAUGUCGUCCAUUUGGCUUCUGGUGCCGCAGGAUUCACAGCAGCUUAUUGGGUGGGACCGAGAUUGCAGGUAGACCGGGAACAAUUCCCACCAAACAAUCUUCUACUGGCACUGGCUGGUGCUGGUAUUCUUUGGAUGGGGUGGACAGGUUUCAAUGGAGGUGACCCCUUUGCUGCAAAUGUCGAUUCCUCCCUUGCAGUUCUCAAUACUCAUAUAUGCGCAACAACCAGUCUCCUUGUAUGGACUUUCUGGGAUACGUUUUUCUUCAAGAAGCCCUCAGUAAUUGGCGCCAUCCAGGGAAUGAUAACUGGGUUGGUCUGCAUCACCCCUGGUGCAGGUCUUGUUCAGGGAUGGGCUGCAUUGAUAAUGGGCAUUGCAUCUGGAAGUGUCCCCUGGUACACCAUGAUGUGUCUUAGUAAGAAACUCCCCUUCCUGCAGAAGAUUGAUGACACCCUCGGUGUCUUCCAUACUCAUGCUGUGGCUGGAACCUUGGGUGGGGCUCUUACGGGACUCUUUGCUCAUCCAGAUCUCUCUGCCUUAUUCAUAGUGGUACCCAAUUCCAGAGGGGCCUUCUAUGGUGGUCGGGGCGGUGUCCAAUUUCUGAAGCAGUUGGUUGGUGCAAGCUUCAUAAUAGGUUGGAAUGUAAUAGUUACAUCCAUCAUCCUCCUGGUGAUUAGCAAGUUUAUACCCCUUCGUAUGUCUGAGGAAGAGCUCAUAAUAGGGGAUGAUGCAGCGCAUGGAGAAGAAGCUUAUGCUCUUGCUGGACAAGGAGCAAGAGAAAGAUCUACAUACAAUAAUAUGCAGCUGCAAAACGCUUCAGGCUUUGAGCUUUGAUUCUUGAUUUCAAGGAAAAGAGACGUAUAUCCUUCAGCAAUCAUAUGAAAUACAUGAAAUAGUAGGAAAUUGAAGGCUCAAAAGUAAUAUGCUUAAUAAGCAGUUCAACAUUCGAUAAAUCCAUGUAUGAGUACCAAUUGUUGGUCUAGUAAAAUGAAGUUUCAUUUACAGUCUUGAGGUCUGUACCCCACAGCAAAAUAUGAACUACCAAUGAAGCAUACAACAAUAUUAAAUUCA